AAAAAGAAGAGAGAGUCGGCCCUGAUUGUGCCUCAAAGCAAGUCUGCGUCUGAUUGGGCGUUUGUUGGGAAGUUCAGAGUGUAAGGGAUCAUCCAAUUGGUAGAGUAGCCACUCCAUGUGUUCCAAUCUUGCUUAUUGUAAACUUGGACAAUGAAACCGUAAACUUCGUGAUUCAUUGUCAACAUUUUUUUACUCUGAAAGACUCUUCAAAACACAGAGCGUUCGUUCUCGAACGUAGUCGUGAGUCCAUGUUUGGGGGCAGCCCGACACAUUUAAUCCAAUGGAGCUUGAGGGCCAAUGGUGGAAAGGACAACUUGCAGGAGACAUACACCAGGCUCUCCGCCUUAAGGAGCUCAAGCUGCCCGUUUACAAAUGUCAGUCUCCACAACUCAACUUGAGGCGCUAUUUUGCUGACCUCAUAGCAGUAGUGAGCAAUCGCUUCAAGCUGUGCCCAACAGCAAGGCACCUUGCAGUUUACUUGUUGGAUCUCUUCAUGGACCGCUAUGACAUCUCUGUACAGCAGCUUCACAUCGUCGCCCUAUCCUGUUUACUCUUGGCUAGCAAAUUUGAGGAGAGAGAAGACCGUGUCCCCAAGCUCCAAACACUCAACAGUCUGGGCUGCAUGAGCUCCAUGAGUCUGGUCCUGAGCAGGCAGGGACUCUUGCACAUGGAACUUCUGCUCCUGGAGAGCUUCCAGUGGAACCUGUACCUUCCCACUGCCGCCCACUUCAUUGAGUAUUACUUGUCAAUAGCAGUCCAAGAGGGGGACCUGCAUGAUGGCUGGCCCAUGGUCUGCCUGGAGAAGACGGUUCUUUACAUGAGCAAAUAUGCAGACUAUUUCCUAGAGGUCUCAUUACAGGACCACCUCUUCCUGGGCUUUGCGCCAUCUUUGGUGGCGGCCGCUUGCGUAGCGGCCUCCCGCAUCGUCCUGCACCUGUCCCCAUCAUGGCCCAGCCGUCUCCACCACCUCACCCUGUAUCCGUGGGAACACUUGGUGCCCUGUGUGGAGAGGUUACUUGUCGCUCACGACGGUGACCUGAAAGAGGCAAACAAGCAAAAGUGCCAGCACUCGACGUCCCAGGCCUCCCAGGUGGUGUUCCAGACGCAGCCCCAGAGCACCGCUCAGUACCUCCAGAGGUCCGCGCUGCAGUACACCCAGUCAAGCCAUUCGCAGCCCGGGCUCUCCCAGGCCCACGGGCCGUCCCCCUACCUGACUCACGCCACCACGCUGCAGUCCAGCAGCAUCUUGGGUCAGGGGCAGGCCAUCUCCGCCCCGCUGGACCCAAAGGGGAACCUGCCCUCCCGGGGCUAUCAGUUGAAUGCUCUGUAUACAUGCGCCACCCCCCAGUUUGAGAGGUGAUGGAAGCCAUUAAGAGGAUUAGACAGGUGUGGACAUGAUGAAGUCAAGGUUACAAAGCUGCCCCCACCACCACCACCAUCUUACCUCUGACUGGAAGGAUGAACUGAAUAAUUUCAGCUGCUAAGUAAUGUUCUUUUUCUUUCUUUCUUUUUUUUUUUUAACAAAAACAGAAGGCGACUGGUGAAGAAGUGAUUUUUCAGCAUUACAUUCGCUGAUGUACAAAGUCAGGGCAUGCAAACGUGCAAUAGUAACUGUUUAUUUUUUUUGCCUUUAAUCCACUGAUUGUUUUUGUGGGGUUUUGUUUACCUCUAUCCCAGGAAAUCAUGUGAUUAUGUUAAAGUGUAUUUUUCAAUGCAGACUUCAGGAGAAACAUAGGUGUAUAGCCAUUUUUACAAGUAGGUCUAGUUGGUUUUUUGUGCGCUGCUACCUCAGAAGCAUUGAAUGUAGACUGUUGUCCUGUGAACCAAACAAGUGCACUUUGAUUCGUUAUGUUUUUAAUAAAAACACAGCAGGGUGACUAUGAACA